CCUGGUCCAAUGGCUGACGAUGAGGAUCCAGACUCAGAAUUCACUGAUGCGAGCGAGCAUUACUAUCGUAUGUAUCACUCGCUCCUCAAUGGACAACCAUGCACAGCUGACGGCGUGUUUCUGCCCCCUGGCACACCACCAACUCCUGUCCCACCAAAGUCUCCUCACGACUGGAGCCCGUAUUGUAACAAUAUUGAAUUUGCAAUGGCAGAGUUUGUUUUCAAA